AUGCCUCGAUUUUUCGGAAGAAAGUCCAGACAUAGUGAAAACAUUGGGGAGUCUGCCUCACAGAAUCGAGAUAGUCUGGUCGCUGCCAACAACAACAAUGCACCCAGUUCAGAAAAUUCCAAGAGGAAGAGCGAAAUAAACAGCGAGGCAAAAACGAAUAAAACAUCAGUACUAGAUGUGCCUCCGCCAAUUGCACCAGUGCAACCGUCUCGACCGAAGCUGGUCUUUCACUGCCAACAAGCUCAUGGCAGUCCUACUGGGAUAAUCUCGGGCUUCACAAAUGUCAAGGAACUCUAUCAGAAGAUCGCCGACUGCUAUGACAUCCCUGUAUCUGAGAUUUUGUUUUGCACACUCAACACCCAUAAACUUGACAUGGCACAUCUGCUGGGUGGCCAGAUUGGCCUGGAGGACUUUAUCUUUGCCCAUAUUAAAGGUCGACCAAAGGAAGUGGAUGUUGUGAAAUCAGAAGAUGCUCUAGGACUCACUAUCACAGACAAUGGUGCAGGGUAUGCCUUUAUCAAACGUAUCAAAGAAGGUAGUAUCAUGGAGAAUGUGCCAUUUAUUGCUGUAGGUGACCAUAUUGAGAAAAUCAAUGGAGAAGUUUUAGUUGGAUGUAGACAUUUUGAAGUUGCUAAAAAGUUAAAAGAAAUUCCCAAAGGAGCAACAUUUACUUUGCGGACAGUUGAACCACUGAAGUCGGGCUUUUCCCAUAUAGGACCAGCCUCCUCCAAAAAAGGAAGCAGCAAUAUUGGAUCUGGAAAGCAGACAUUGAGACUGCGAUCAUCAGGACCUGCUACAGUAGAAAUACCUGAUGAUGUGGUUCACAUAGCCACAGACAAGCUCAACAACCUACUGGAGUCUUUCAUGGGCAUCAACGAUGCAGAACUAGCCCACUCAAUAUGGGAGCUGGGAAGCAAGGCAAACAACCCACAUGAAUUUGCAGAGGGAAUUUAUUUUUUCUUAGUAUUUUUCAUAGUGAAUGAGACUAAAUAA